AUGGUAGAAACCAGAGUGUGAAAGAAAUAACUGAGAAAGAGAAUAGUUAAUAAAGGGGUUUUCCCCCCUCAGGUGUGUGUAUUACUCGGGUGUGUGUUUAUUUACAGUGAACAGGAGAAUCAGGAGAAGUUGAGGAACUCCUCUGACUGGUAUGUGGUUAAACUGGUCCUGCUGGUUUCCCUGCACAUAUUUCCAGUUGAAGUCGACCUGACCUGCAGGUGAAUGCGCUGCAAUCUCUCGAUAUUUACCGGAUAUAAAAGAUCAUGCGGCUGAGUGACGAGUCGGUUCUGUGAAUCCUCUCCGAGUCCACUUCUGGAUCUUAAACACUUUUAGCGGACAGACGGACGGCCUGCUGACCAGAUCACACACACCUGAUUCCGAUCUCAGCUCGUAGGUGAGCGCCAGGACGUGUGAGGUGUGUGUGUGUGUGGAGUGGAGGUGUGUGUGUGUGUGGAGUGGAGGUGGUGUGUAACACAGAAGAUGGUGGGAUUUACAGAACUGUGUGUUGGACUGAUGAUGUGUGUGUUUCACCUGACCGUGGCCAGAUUCAUCAACAACAACAACAACAACAGGAACAUGUUUCUCCAUGACACCUCUGCAGACUCCUUUCUGUCUCGCUCUCUGCUCUAUAACAGCUGGGACUUUGAGCUGGUCACUCCGGGGGACCUGGAGAGAGAGUGUCUGGAGGAGAUCUGCUCUUAUGAGGAGGCCAGGGAGGUGUUUGAGGACAACCAGAAGACGGCAGCUUUUUGGAAAACCUAUGUCAACAGUCACGAGAGUAUUCCCCGUGUGGAUAUUGCUGGUUUGGCUGCUGGAGUGGUAGCUGUUGUGGUGAUAGCGGUCAUUGUGCUGGUGCUGGGGUGCUACUGCUACAAGAAAAAGACAAAAACUGUAAGGCGAGGGGGCAGUGUCCCAGUGAGAAUGGCAGCAGAUGGACGUCCAGCACCAGAGACGGUUCCUCUGUCGAACAUCACUGCCCCGGGUCUGCCCAGCUACAACGAGGCCUUGAACCGCAGCGGGCAGUACGAUGCACCUCCACCUCCGUACACAGGAGAGGAUCCUAGCGCUCCUGCAGAACCUCAGCCUGAGGAGUGAGAGAGCACCCUGGGUUCUAGAGCAGCGGGAUGCUCCCAGGUUCAUCUCCAUGAUAUUUUUGAAGAGAACGCUGUAAACAGUUGAAUAUUUUCCUUUCACUCUGUAGCAGUUGAUGUAAACAUGUCUGAGGUUUAGGAGGUAAAGGCUUCAUUCUUUUUUAAAUAAAGAAAUCUUUUUUAAUGAUG